AUGAGGGUUUCUGAACAAAAGUGUUAUUGUGGUGCGUCUACCUGCUCUGGUGUAAUGGGGGCGACCAGCAAAUAUUUGCAAGAAAAAGUUCGCAUGAAAGACACUACAAUGGUUGAAAGACGCAUUCUCCAACUCCUUCAAUUAGAUUCGUUCAGAAAUGCAGACGAUAUAACUCUGUUAUUACAAGUUAUGGUUCAAGAAUGCCUUACAAGGUACACUCGACUGCAGCUUCUCAGCCGUCUGAUCAAAACAGAAAACGAUGCUUGUCUUAAACUUUUUCGACAGUAUAAUGGUCUCGAUAUGUUGGCGGCCUUUAUGUGUGAUGCAGCGCCGAAAGAUUGGGAACUCAAAAAGCAGAUAUUAGUUUGCUUGAAACACAUCCCUGUUUCAGAGCAAAAACAGGUACAGUCGAAUUCACGCCUUAUGGAAAUAGUAGCACAGUGGACUUCCAAUCCUCACCACUGUCGGGCACGUAGUAUUCCUCCCGAGUCGUGGAAGAGUGCUGAUGUACAUAUAGCAGAUACUUCAAAUGUUACUUUGGUUAGAUUUUCCACUGAUGAACUCCCUAUGGAGUCGAAUUUCGACUCUGAUGAAACAAAAUCACUUUCUAAGAGUACCAAGGACAAUGAAUCAUCUUCCAUACAAACAGGUGAUAAGAAUAGUGAUUUUGCUGCAUCACCUUCGAGUUCCGACUCAUUUAGUUCUUCCUUGAAGGAGAAUGCAUCAUGUGUGUUGCAUGCUUCGACACUCCCAGUUUACGAAGAAGGAUUUAACGCUAUCACUCAAACUUCGGAUUGUGAUAUGUCCCCCGUAACUGUUGUGGAUGAUGAUAAUGGUGAAAUUGAAAUCGGAUAUGCAGCCGACAACAACGAAAUAAAUAUGGAUACUGAAGAAUGUAAAGCUAAGACGAAUGAGGAAUGGAUAGAAGAGAUCAAGGCUUUGGCUUGUAAACUGCUUGAAAAAUGGUCUAAAUUACCGAAGGAAAACUACCGGAUACCGCGAUUGGAGCGUCAAGAGACCGAGAAAAUGCUUCAUAUAUCAAAUCCAAUUGGUUCUUCUCUUAUCUCUUGGGGAUCGGAAUACAAAGAUGAACAAGCAAUAUCCAAUAAAUCUUGGACUCACAAUAGUAACAGUAAAUUCCAGUCAAAUAAAACUCUGCGUGACAAACUGGUUUCAUCUUUCAUUCGAGAGCAGAAUGGUCCAAAAGCAUCCAACAGUUCGUCAUGUUUGUCCAAAGCUGAGAGACGUAUGCUUUUCGAAGCUCAAGUUAAAGCUAAUGAAAAUCAAUGUUCAUCUGAAAAUUCUGUUCCUACAUCGGAUGAUUUUGUGCAGACAAAUCCAUCUAAUGACGAAAAGGAUACAGAUCAUCUUCGUCAGCUAUUACUCUGUGCACUUUUAAGUGAGUGCGGUCGAAACGAUACUGCCCUUUCAAAUCUUUUAUCUAACAUAGCUGUAGAAUUGAAAAGCAUGCCUGUUGUUUCUACUUUGUUACAAGCCUUACCUCGUAUGUUGACUUUGAUGUCCAGUUCCAACGAUUCAGAUUUGGUGAGUUAUCCUCUAAAUAUUUCUUGUUGUGUAACGUUAGUUCCAUUAAACAGAUUCAGAGAACCAAAUCGAUCAUAUUUGCAUCAAUAAAAAAUUCAGAAGAUCAAUGUAAAACUGAAGUUAAAUAAGCAAUGGACAACUGGAGAAACGAAAUUGCGAAGGUCCAAUACAACCUUCCUUCGAAAUACUGAAAAAAAAUCAACGGAUUCAAGAUAACUCUCAACAAUAGGUUCCAAGCCUUACAUGAUCUACUGAAGGAGGAAGAAACUACUAUGAAGGACAACUGGAAAGAAAUCAAAGAAGCAUUAACUUCAACGUGUCAGGAGGUUCUGGGCUGCAAGAAGCAUCAUCAUAAGGAAUGGAUCUCUAUAGAAACACUGGACAAGAUCAAAGAAAGGAAAAACAAGAAAACGGCAUUUAACAACAGUCGAGCACGAGCAGAGAAAGUCAAAGCACACGCGGAAUACACAGAAGCAAACAAACAAGUGAGCAGGAGCAUUAGAGCCGACAAGCAGAAAUAUGUGGGAGACCUAGCAACGACAGCUAAAAAGGUGCAAGAGAUGGAAGUAUGAAACAAAUAUAUGACACAACAAAAAAGCUGGCAGAGAAAUAUUGCAAUCUAGAAAGACCGGUCAAGGAAAAAGAAGGGAAGCUAAUUACUGGAAUUCGAGAACAGAAGAAAAGAUGGGUAGAACACUUUCACGAACUCUUGAAUACUUCAGGUCCACUGAAUCCACCGGACAUCGAAGCAACACACACAGACCUUCCUAUAGAUGUCACUCCGUCAACGAUCGAAUAAAGCAGGAUGGUCAUCAAACAAAUCAAAAUUGAGAAGAGAACAGGACCAGACAACAUACCAGCUGAAGCACUG